AUUGCAAAAUAGCAGUCUUUUCCUCCCUUGUUAGUCAAGAAAUUUACAGUAUAAAUCAGUUUCCAAAUCCUCCAUACGUCCCCAACUUUCACUUUUCCUCUCUACUGUUCUUGUGUGGGUAUAUUUCUUAUUAGAGAAAUGAAAUCAUUUAUUAAUUUCUCCAUCGUUGUCCUCAUGCUGUUUUCUUCGGUCAUGUUUGCAAUCGAGGCCCGUCCUCUUAAUGGUGCCUCGAUUUAUACUUUGUCCUUGAAUGCUGUGAAGGCCGGUCCGAGUCCUGGUGAAGGACACAAGUUUACCAAUGCGAAAACACUUGGAGGGAUUAAAAUAUCUGGUCCAAGCCUUGGUGACAGCCGUAAGUUGUCCAAGGUUCAAACGCUUGGAGGAAAUAAGAAAUCUGGUCCGAGCCCUGGUGUGGGACACAAAUUCACUAAUUCUCAAACAGUUGGAGGAACCAAGUAUUCUGGUGAAGGAAACAAAUUUACUAAUUCUCACACACUUGGAGGAGUUGAGGAACUUGGCCCAAGCCCUGGAGCUGGACACUAGCUUGCCUAGCAAUCCUAUAUAUAUAUAUUCUUAACAUUGUUUUAAUUCUUUAUUUGUAGUAGAGAGACACGAAGUGUUUUAAUUCUUUUUUAGGUUGUAUGCAGUGGCCAGUGAGAUAUUCGCACUCUAUUAUUUGUUACACUUUUCCAUGUAAUGAUAGUUUUUAAUUCAAGUCUGUUGCAUGUACUGUUGCAUAUACUGAAAUUGGUUGCCAGAAUUCAUACAGACCAUCCUAGCCAGAAAUCUGUCCAAUAAUGACAAAAAAAAAAAAAAAA